AUGGCGCACCGCCCCAGUGGCCAGACGCUUGCCGGCGCUGAAGGCCACUUCGACCGUUGCCAAAGGAAUAAGGUCGGUGGGUGGAUGAUGCUGAGGAGCGGUCGUAGUAGUAGUGGCAACAAGCUGAACUUGAAGUUUCUUUUCAUUCUGUUUGGUUGCACUGUCGCUGUCACCACAACGGCGGCCUGGCGCUCCUCGACCUGGCAUCCGUGGACGAGCUCCCAGCCAAUUUCCGAUGCUACUUCCUUGCUUCCUGAUUACUUGGUGGAAGCUGCUGAGUCUCUGGAGCUUGCCCGUCGUCUCUGGCCCAAGAAGACCUCUGCACCCAACUAUCCAAUGGCGAUGAGCCUCCAAAAGUCUGUGGCGCUGCGGCGCCUUCGCGCCGACUGGCAAGAACUCCAAGAGCAUCCCCUGCGUGGGAUCGCAGCAGCACCACUCGCUGAGAAUCUGCAGGAGUGGCAUGCCAACCUCACCCCAGAGCAUGGCCACUACGCAGGGCUGCUGCUACAUGUGGUCCUGACGUUCCCGGACAACUACCCGACGGAUCCUCCCAAGGUCCGGCUCCGCACCAACAUCCCCCACUCGAACGUCAUCCCACAGCUGGGUCAGGAGAAGAACUUCAUUUGCAUCGACAUGUUGAAGAACUUCUUCUGGAUGGGCGGCGAGGACAGCAGCAGACUCUACGAGGGAUGGAGCACUGCUUACAGCGUCUCAUCCAUCCUCCUACAGGUUCAGUGCUUCCUCUUCGAUGAGUGGGCACAGAACUACGACGGCGGCUACAAGCACACCUUGUGGGAUGCCGUCAUUGAGGAGGGCGGCCACCGAAGGAGUGCCCAGGAGGUGCGUCAGCGCUUGCAGCGCGCUCAAGAGGAGGCCGUGGCCUUGACGUGCAGCUGUGGGCACUGUGGGACCAAGCCGUGGCCCGUACUCGAGGUUCGCAUGGGCAGGGUUCCUGGCAUCCACUUGGUCGGGGACACUCCGGUAGCGCACGACGUCACUUUCCACAUCGACCGUGUCCUCACAGACGGCAAGAUGGAGGUGACACCGAAGGGCGGCAAAUCUCUCACCGUCACGGCCUCGCACUUUGCGCCGGGCCCCUUUCCUUGGAGCCAAGAGCCACCCAAAAGCCAUACAGCCGCCGCCUCGCAAGCCGUUCAAGCGCUGGCGAAAAAGCCGAUCGAAUGUCAGCUGGACUGCCUGGAAGUAGAGAGCUCGGGCUGCAGUGCAAUGCUGGAGUCCAGCUCGGAGCCUUCGAAGCAGCAGUGUGAGCGUGAGCUCCCUCUUCCUGGCUUCCGGGGCCCUUCCCCUCGCAAGAUCGAGAGAGCCUAUGGCAUCUUCGUGGACAUCGGGGCAGCAGAAGCGGGUUUGGUGCACGUCUCACGGCUCGGCUCCCUGGACAUCUCGCAGACCCAGCUCGGAAACGAGGUGUCCGUGCAGAUCCUUGCGCAGCAGCCCAAGCUGCAGUUGGCAGGGCCCACCCCGCAGGUGGCCGAGCUACAGUCUGUCGUGGUGCCGAUGCAGGUACUGCCCCGGCCACAGGCUCAAACUGCGAACGACGAAAUGCUGCUCCCAGGCAACCUUGCCGCUCUGCCAAAGCCGCUCUUCGCGCGAGUGCUGCUGCAAGGCCUGAACUUGGCAGACUUGGGUCAGUUGACUCAUGCAUCAAGAUCGUUGCGAGCUAUGUCAGAGCAGGCUUCGAACAUCUUCUGGGACCUUCGCAGCCUCUGCUGCUUCCAUACCCGCACCCGCUUCGAUGAAGACGGCUGUGUCCUGGGUGUGGGGGUUGCCAUCACUGAGGAGGAUGGCCGGAAUCACCUCACCUGCGACUUUGAUCCGAUCUCGAAGCUGGCUUUCCAUGAACUUGGUGUUCGCAAAGGCGUCUGGAAGAAUAAGAUCUCAUACUGGCUACCGCUGGCCAUCGACGCCCAGCAUUUCCAGUGGGCGACAGCUUCUUUGAGCAAAGUCCUCCAGGUGCUGGGCACCGGGAAAGUGGCGGAGCAGACGCGGUCCUUUGGCCGGAAGCCUGGGCGGAUUGAGCCCGCGCAGUCCAGCGUCCCAGCCCUCAGCUUCGAUGAGUGGCUGCAGUCCCGGGCCAAGAAGUCUGAAGCAGCGAAAGCCAAGUUCGAAGCUUUCCUUGCCGGGACGCUCGAGCUAGAGGAGAAGGUUCCAGAGAAGGCUCCCACUCCGCCUAAGCCCAGCUUCGACGCAUCGGUGGUGUUGGAUGUGCUUCCCAAGCUGAUGAAUUCCCAAGUGGUCUUCCUCAUGAAGGGUGAAACUUGGGCGUCGCGCAAGGCACUUAGUGGAUACAUGGGCUUCCACCAUCUCUUGCUUUGCAUCUGCCGCGAUGAGCCAGCGGUGCAGGCGGAGCUGGAGAAGCGCAUUGAGAAUUUCAUGGCGGCGGAGGAAGAAAGGGUGAAAUCCAAGGUCCCGAACUUGGGGGAAUUUAUCUUCUUGAUUGCGGCGUCUACUAAGCGCGAUUGGCCCUCAGUUGCAGACCCUCUUCUUGCAGAGGUCUUCGACAGAAACGUCCUUUGGCUCCUGAAGAAGUACCCACAUUUCGGCCAGCUCAGUGAUGUGGGCGUCAGCAAGGAGCGCCUGCGGGCGACCUUCGACACAGCUCUGGUCUCCAUGCGGCUGAUCAUGUUCAACGCCUGGUUCCUGAACAACGUGGCGAAGCCUGCGGGCGAGGAGGGCGUGGCUCCGCUGCUCCGCUACGAGCGGACCGCAGUGCGGAGAAUUUGCGAGGUUAACACCUGGGAGGCCUACUUCGAUUCCCUUGGCAUCAAGCGCAUCGCUCCCUUGGAGCUGUGCCGCUGGCUGCGGCAGAGCGUACUGAAUUCUUCCCGGAAGGGCUAUCACAGACCGGGUGGUCUUGCACUUCUGGGCUCUGCCACAAAUGCCUUCGUCACCGCUCCGCAGGAGGCCAACGCACCGAGCCUGCGCGGCACUUCCGUGGCCCAGUCUCAGGCCCAGGCGGCGGCCUCGGGGAGCUCCCUCUCCGUGCAGUGCUGCUGGCCAGCGCCUUCAAUAAGGUCAAACGCUCUCGCCGCCGGUGGUGCGGUUGCCGCGGCAGCUGUGGCUGCCAGCCGCCCAGGACGCCAGACACGCAGCACCAUCCUCCCUACAACCGUGGUGCCAGUGAAGGAGAGCCGGGUGGCCCGCAAGGCAUUGGACCAGUCCAGCCGAUAUGCAGAUCUGUCCCUGGACGAGGCCACGCUUAUCAAGAACGGCAAGCACGUGCUGGUUGCGUACAUCAUGAAGCCGAAGGCGGGCUACGACUACCUGGCCACCGCCGCCCACUUCGCCGCCGAGUCCUCCACCGGCACAAACGUGAAUGUGUGCACCACCGACGACUUCACGAAGUCGGUGGAUGCCCUGGUGUACUACAUCGACCCUGACAGCGAGGAGAUGAAGAUCGCCUACCCGACCCUGCUGUUCGACCGCAACAUCAUCGAUGGGCGUGGCAUGAUGUGCUCCUUCCUGACCCUGGCCAUCGGCAACAACCAGGGCAUGGGCGAUGUCGAGUACGGCAAGAUCUACGACUUCUACCUGCCCCCGUCCUUCCUGCGCCUGUAUGAUGGGCCAGCCGUGAAUGUGGAGGACAUGUGGCGCAUCCUGGGCAAGGGCACCAGCAACGGUGGCCUCGUGGUGGGCACCAUCAUCAAGCCCAAGCUCGGCCUGCAGCCCAAGCCUUUCGGCGAGGCCUGCUACGCAUUCUGGCAGGGCGGUGACUUCAUCAAGAACGAUGAGCCGCAGGGCAACCAGGUGUUCUGCCAGAUGAACGAGUGCAUCCCCGAGGUCGUGAAGGCGAUGAGGGCUUGCAUCAAGGAGACCGGUGUUGGUAAGCUGUUCUCGGCCAACAUCACCGCGGAUGAUCCAAACGAGAUGAUCGCCCGCGGCAAGUACUGCCUGUCCCAGUUCGGACCUCUGUCCGAGAACUGCGCAUUCUUGGUGGAUGGAUACGUCGCAGGAGGCACCGCCGUGACCUGCGCCCGCCGCAAUUUCCCCAAGCAGUUCUUGCACUACCACCGAGCCGGACACGGAUCCGUGACCAGCCCCCAGACCCAGCGCGGCUACACCGCCUUCGUGCACACGAAGAUCUCCCGAGUUAUCGGUGCGUCCGGCAUCCACACUGGCACCAUGAGCUUCGGCAAGAUGGAGGGCGAUGCCUCCGACAAGAACAUCGCCUUCAUGCUUCAGGACGAUGAGGCCGACGGCCCUUACUACCACCAGGAGUGGGAGGGCAUGAAGCAGACCACUCCCAUCAUCUCCGGUGGCAUGAACGCCCUGCGUUUGCCAGCCUUCUUCGAGAACCUUGGCCACUCCAACGUGAUCCUGACCGCCGGCGGUGGCUCCUUCGGCCACAAGGACGGACCCAAGCCUGGUGCCAUCUCCUGCCGACAGGGCGAGGAGGCCUGGAAGGCCUGGAAGGCCGGACAGUACGGCAACAUCAGCCUGAGCGAUGGCGUCAUCGAGUUCGCCAAGACCCACGAAGAGAUCAAGGGUGCCUUCCUCACCUUCCAGAAGGACGCCGACCAGAUCUACCCUGGCUGGAAGGAGAAGCUCGGCUACACUGGCGAGUCCUCCGUGCAGGCGGCCAGCUUCGACUGGGCUAAGAAGGCCUCCGCCGCGGCCUUCGUCGGUGCCAGCGUGGCCCCCGCCAAGAAGGAGAGCAGCGUCUCGCGCAAGGCCCUGGAUCAGUCCAGCCGCUAUGCGGACCUGUCCCUGGACGAGGCCACCCUGAUCAAGAACGGCAAGCACGUGCUUGUUGCGUACAUCAUGAAGCCGAAGGCGGGCUACGACUACCUGGCCACCGCCGCCCACUUCGCCGCCGAGUCCUCCACGGGCACGAACGUGAACGUGUGCACCACCGACGACUUCACGAAGUCCGUGGAUGCCCUGGUGUACUACAUCGACCCUGACAGCGAGGAGAUGAAGAUCGCCUACCCGACCCUGCUGUUCGACCGCAACAUCAUCGAUGGCCGCGGCAUGAUGUGCUCCUUCCUGACCCUGGCCAUCGGCAACAAUCAGGGUAUGGGCGAUGUCGAGUACGGCAAGAUCUACGACUUCUACCUGCCCCCGUCCUUCCUGCGCCUGUAUGAUGGGCCUGCCGUGAACGUAGAGGACAUGUGGCGCAUCCUGGGCAAGGGCACCAGCAACGGUGGCCUCGUGGUGGGCACCAUCAUCAAGCCCAAGCUCGGCCUGCAGCCCAAGCCUUUCGGCGAGGCCUGCUACGCAUUCUGGCAGGGCGGUGACUUCAUCAAGAACGAUGAGCCGCAGGGCAACCAGGUGUUCUGCCAGAUGAACGAAUGCAUUCCGGAGGUCGUGAAGGCGAUGAGGGCUUGCAUCAAGGAGACCGGUGUUGGUAAGCUGUUCUCGGCCAACAUCACCGCGGAUGAUCCAAACGAGAUGAUCGCCCGCGGCAAGUACUGCCUGUCCCAGUUCGGACCUCUGUCCGAGAACUGCGCAUUCUUGGUGGAUGGAUACGUCGCAGGAGGCACCGCCGUGACCUGCGCCCGCCGCAAUUUCCCCAAGCAGUUCUUGCACUACCACCGAGCCGGACACGGAUCCGUGACCAGCCCCCAGACCCAGCGCGGCUACACCGCCUUCGUGCACACGAAGAUCUCCCGAGUUAUCGGUGCGUCCGGCAUCCACACUGGCACCAUGAGCUUCGGCAAGAUGGAGGGCGAUGCCUCCGACAAGAACAUCGCCUUCAUGCUUCAGGACGAUGAGGCCGAUGGCCCGUACUACCACCAGGAGUGGGAGGGCAUGAAGCAAACCACUCCCAUCAUCUCCGGUGGCAUGAACGCCCUGCGUUUGCCAGCCUUCUUCGAGAACCUUGGCCACUCCAACGUGAUCCUGACCGCCGGCGGUGGCUCCUUCGGCCACAAGGACGGACCCAAGCCUGGUGCCAUCUCCUGCCGACAGGGCGAGGAGGCCUGGAAGGCCUGGAAGGCCGGACAGUACGGCAACAUCAGCCUGAGCGAUGGCGUCAUCGAGUUCGCCAAGACCCACGAAGAGAUCAAGGGUGCCUUCCUCACCUUCCAGAAGGACGCCGACCAGAUCUACCCUGGCUGGAAGGAGAAGCUCGGCUACACCGGCGAGUCCUCCGUGCAGGCAGCCAGCUUCGACUGGGCCAAGAAGGCUUAG